UUCAUUAAUAAAGAUAAAUUUUAUAUUUUUGAAGGAAUCAACAAAUGUAAUUUUAUAUGUGUACAUUUUUUUAUCAGAAAAAUGGAAGAAUUAGUGGAUAGGUUUCAUUAUGUGUUAAGUUCAUCCUUGACAGAAAAGUUGGUUAUUAAAAUAGGAACUCUUGAGGGAACUACUCAAAAACCUGAAUACGAUAAGCUUUUAACCGAUCCGUUACUAAAAUAUUCAGGACUAAAUCAGGAAGGAUGUGCAGAUCUUAUGGUGAUGGCAGUUGUUUAUGACAAGAAAGAGCCCUUGGCAUUACCAGUCUCAACUUCUUACAAAACGUUUACAUCACGCUGGAAUUGGAAUGAAUGGAUUACAUUACCUGUGCAAUUUAGUGAUUUACCCAGAAAUUCUCAGUUAGCAUUAACAAUUUAUGAUUGUGUAGGACCUAAUAAGUUGUCUCCUGUAGGAGGAACAACAGUAUCACUUUUUAGUAAAUAUGGCCUUUUUAGACAGGGAAUGUUGGAUUUAAGAGUUUGGCCCAACAAAGAAGCAGAUGGUAAUUUUCCCAGUUCAACCCCUGGAAAAGUAAAAGGUGAUGGUCAUGAUCAAAUGCAACGAUUAGCAAAACUGGCUAAGAAACAUCGUAAUGGCCAUAUAACAAAAGUUGAUUGGUUGGACAGGCUUACAUUUCGAGAAUUGGAAAUGAUCAAUGAAAAAGAAAAGCGUUGUUCAAAUUAUUUGUAUUUAAUGAUAGAAUUUCCGACGAUAAUAAUCGAUAGUAUACCCCACCAAGUAGUUUAUUUUGAUCAGGACGUCGAAGAAGUUUAUCAGUUUAGAACACAAGCUGAUGUAGUUACAGUUCCUGAUCAUGAAAUACUUAAGGAAAAUUUAGUAGAAAGUAAGCACCACAAGUUGGCAAGGUCUCUAAGGAGUGGUUUGUCUGAUAAAGACGCUAAACCUAAUGCCACUGUUAGGGAUAUGUUAAACAGUAUAGUUUCUUAUCCUGCAACCAAAUUAUUAACGAAUGAAGAACAGGAUAAUGUGUGGAAGUUUCGGUUUUAUCUCAGUAAUCAGAAGAAGGCUUUAACAAAGUUUUUGAAAUGCGUGAAUUGGACGCAAAACAACGAAGUUCGCCAGGCAUUAUCAAUGCUAGAACUCUGGGCACCAAUGGACGUUGAAGACGCUUUAGAAUUACUUAGUCCUAAUGUUAUUUUUCGUAAAAUGUACUUAACUGUGAUGAAAACAUUUUGUCUGACUCUCAGUAAAGGUGGAGCAGAUUAUCAGAAAACAAAGGAUUAUUUGGCUAGUCAGCAAAAAUUCAUCAAUAGCCUCGUGAUGCUUGUUAAAACUGUGAUUAGUGAAGGUGGAAAUAGGGCGAAGAAAAUGUCAAAAUUGCAACAGUUACUGGCUGAUCCGAACGCCUUUAAAUUUAACUUUGCAAAUUUUGAGCCGUUUCCAUUUCCACUAGAUCCAGAGGUGUACAUUAAAGGGAUCCUUUCAGAAAAAGCUAGUCUUUUCAACUCUGCUUUAAUGCCUUCCAAGUUGCAUUUUGUGACAACCAAUAAUGCUGAGUACGUCGCAAUUUUUAAGCACGGCGACGAUUUGAGACAAGACCAGCUCAUUUUACAGAUGAUCACUUUAAUGGAUAAGCUACUUAGAAAAGAAAAUUUGGAUUUAAAGUUGACGCCUUAUAGGGUUUUGGCAACGAGUGCCAAACAUGGUUUCUUGCAAUAUAUCGAUUCUGUAACUGUGGCUGAGGCACUAGCAAAAGAAGGUAGCAUCCAUAACUUUUUUAGAAAAUACCAUCCUCAGGAAAAUGGUCCGUAUGGUAUUGCACCUGAGAUCAUGGAUACUUAUGUCAGGUCGUGUGCAGGUUACUGUGUAAUUACCUAUUUACUGGGUGUUGGAGAUAGGCACCUGGAUAAUCUUCUCUUAACAGAAUCUGGAAAAUUGUUUCAUAUUGACUUUGGUUACAUUUUGGGGCGAGAUCCCAAGCCAUUACCUCCUCCUAUGAAAUUGAGUAAAGAGAUGGUAGAAGGUAUGGGUGGAAUUAGUUCAGAGCACUACCAAGAAUUUCGGAAACAAUGCUAUACAGCAUUCCUGCAUCUUCGGAGGCAUGCUAAUUUAAUGUUAAACUUGUUUUCUUUGAUGGUGGAUGCGAGUGUACCAGAUAUAGCUUUAGAACCUGAUAAGGCUGUUCGAAAGGUGCAAGAUAAAUUACGUUUGGACUUGAGUGAUGAAGAAGCUGUUCAUUAUAUGCAGAAUUUAAUUGAUUUGUCCGUAACUGCGGUAAUGGCAGCCUUGGUGGAACAGCUUCAUAAAUUCGCCCAAUAUUGGAGAAAGUGAUUUAAACAUUUUGUAUUGUAAUAAUUUUUUUACUAAUUGUGAUGUACAAAUGUGUGAUAGUAUUUAUCUUUAUAUAAUAAAUUAAAUAAAUAAAAAGUAAUUUCUUCUUUUA